AGAGUAAAUUAGAUACUCCCAAAACGGUUGUUAAACUUGAACCUGUCUAAACAAAACAAGCAUUGUGAUUUUCAGUUAGAUUGUAUUUUGAUAAUUAGAAAUAUUAAAUUUAAAUUUUACAACUUUAUUAAGCUUUACAAACAUGAGCCGAACAAAUAACUCUGGGCUAAAGAAAAAAAUAGACAAACUCAAAGAGUUUUCAAUAGCUGAUGAAAAUUUUGAACCUCCUCAACAAGCAUCUACACCAGCAAAAUAUGUAAGAAGAAGUUCAAGGAAAGCGUUACGUACGCUUGAAAAUAGCAAUAUUCUCAAUAUUAGUGCAAUCAGAACACAGGAAGAAAAAAAACCUAUACUUGUAGAAAAACCACUUAAACCGUCUUUAGAAGUAAUAAAUGAAGACUAUGAGUUUAAACAUGUGCCCGAGUUAUUUUGCAGUGAUCCAGAAAAUGAAGAGGAAUCAGAAAUAACAGAAGAAUUUACUCUUACUAAAACAAAUGAAUCUGAUGAUAAAUGGACAACUAUGAAUUCUGAUGCUUCUGAUUAUAAUUUCACAAACAUCACUGACAUUAUGGCUGAAAUUGAUGCAGAUAUAGUUGUAAGAUUUGAGAAAGCUCCAAGAAGAUCUUAUCCAGGAAGGAAACGAAAUAAUAAAAGUUUGUAUGAAGAUGAAAAUGAAAAUGACCAACAAAUACUACUUAAAACAGACAAAAAAGAAAAAAGAACAAAACAAAAGAAAAAAGUUGACCCACAAGAAGAAGCCUUUAUACGUUCAAUUAAUGAACAUUUUAAUGAUGUAGAAACAUUUAGUUUAACUGUAGAAUGAACAAAUACUUUUGUGAUAAUUUUGUGUUUCCUUUUAAUUUUAUACAAGUGUCCUAAUUUUUUUAUACAUAUUUGUCUUUUAUGCCUUUGAAGUUUUUAUUCUACUUUUACUAUGUAUUGAUAAAAUAUACAUUUAUUUCUAUGUUUAA